UUGUAAAAGGUGGAGAGAAAUCAUAAAUGAUGAUAGAUGGUUGGAUGUAUAAAAAAGAAACAGAAUGGGAAGAGAGAAGAGCUAAAUUAGAAGAGAAGGAUAAAUAAAAAGAGGAACAUAGAGCAUUAUUUAAAUUUACAUCUUUUUAAGAAUAUAUUACUAGAGAUGAUGAAAAAAUAAAAAAGAAGUUAGAAAAAAUUAUAUCAGAAUUAGAAGGUACAGUAACUAAAACUAAAAAUGAUAAAAAAAGAGAAGAAGAAAAGAAAGAACAUCCAAGAGAGAGAGAAAGAGAUGCUAAAAAACAUAAUACUAAAGCAGAAUUAGAGAGAAAAUAUAAAGAGAAAAUGACAGAAUGGAAGAAAAAAGAGGAUGAAAGAGAGAGAGAAAGAAAAAAAGAAAAAGAGAGAGAGAUAGAUCGAGAGAAAAAUUUCUAAAAAUAUCUAGAAAAAGAAUUAGCUUAUGACAGUGAAUAAGAACGUAAAUAAAUUGGUAAGAUUAAGAUGAACGAAAGAAAGAAAUUCAGGUAAAGGGAAUUUGAAGAAGAUGAAAUCUUUAAAAAGAAAGAAUUAUUAAAGACCCAAAAACCUCCUGAACCUGAACCACCUUAAAUGGUAGUUAUUGUUUAAGAGCCACCUGAACCAGAACCUUAAUAUACAUAAUAACAAUUGCAAUAGCAACAAGUAAUAAUUCUAUAUUAUAUUUGAU